AUCACGGUGAGGAAGAGGACCGCCAUGGCUAGUGAUUCCAACGACAGCUUAGCUUCCGAGUCUUCCGUCAAGAUUCCGACAAUAAAGUACACCAAGCUCUUCAUCAAUGGAGAAUUCGUUGAUUCCGUUUCAGGGAAAACAUUUGAGACGAUGGAUCCAAGAACAGGGGAGGUGAAAGCUAGAGUUGCAGAAGGAGAUAAGGAACAUGUUGAUUUGGCUGUCGAGGCUGCACGCGCUGCCUUCGAAAAUGGCCCUUGGCCUCGCUUGCCCGGCAGUGUAUAG